AUGCAAGCUCUAAAUAAGAACACAACAAACUUUUCAAACUAUUCUAAGAUAUCUGAGUCAUUGAAAGAAGGAAACUUAAAACUGACAUUAAACCCUUUAACAGAUGAGUUUCUAUUUCAAGACAAGAAGAACAAUACUGUCUGUAUAAAUCCAACAAAAGGAACUUUAAACGAGAAACCUAUAAAUGAACUUCUUUUGAAAGCAGAUGUUGACAACAAAGCUGACAAAGAAUAUGUAGACGAUGCAAUAGCAAAAGAAGAAGAAAGAGCUAACAAUGCUUAUGCAACAAAAGAACAUACUCAUCCUGAACUAGCAGACAAAACAUAUGUUGACAAUAAAAUGUCAAGUGAAGUGACAAGAGCUGAAAACGAAUAUUCUAAAAAGACUCAUAUACAUUCUAUAUCUGAAAUAACAGACUUAAACGUUAGCCUUGAAAAGAAAGCGGAUAAGGAAUAUGUGGAUGAAAAAGAUAAUGAAAUUAUAGAAAGGGCUGAAUGGUAUCAUGAAUGGACAUCGAAGAUUUUAAAAACUAAAGCUGAUACAGGAUGGGUUUCAGGAUGUUAG